AUGAGAGCUGCUAUUCAACUUAUGUCUAAAUCCAAAGAGUAAAUUAAGUCUUAUGGCUUAGCUGGUACUGCUACUUAUUUUGCCAUAUCUUUUUCUUCCCUUGGAACUUGCUAUUAUUUGGUAAAAUAAAAUAAAGGAUAUAUUCAAGAAAUGCUUGAAAGUAAAGGAAUAUCAACAAAGAGCUUUGAAUAUGGUUCUGACUUCUUAAUUGCAUAUGUAGCUCACAAGACUACCUAGCCUCUUCGUCUUUGUUUGACUGGAGCUCUUUUCCCCAUAGUCAGAAAGUUAGCUAGAAGAUGA